AUGACGACCGAUGAGAGGAAUUUCCGGUCUGUCUACUAUGAAAAGGUGGGAUGUCGCGGUGUUGGUGAGACAAAUAAACUGGAGAAUUUGCUGAAGGAAAAACUUGUGGAUCAGGGAAAGUUGAAGCAGUUCUGCAUUAGAUUUGCAGUUCCCGUACGGCACAGAAGUCUCCUCUGGUGUUCACUGCUCAACAUUCAUCCGAUGUACACGAAUAACCUGCAGUAUGUGAUGAUCCAGCGAAAAGCCGUCUACACGGACCUCCUGCGAGCCCUGAAGAUUAUGAAGCUUAUAGAUGAGGCCAAAAUGCCCAAAUCCCGCAUAUUGUACGCCAUGUGGCUGCUGGAGACCAAAAGACUGCCCCUGGGAUGCAACAUCUCAACAUCUGAACACAAUUUCAUCGCAAUUUCCGAGACGUUGCUGCAGCUAUUCGACAACGAAGUGGAGAUCUACUGGAUGGCAAAGAAAAUCUACCAGAUCACCGAAGAUAUUGAGAAGGAUCUUCCCAAAUUGACCACACUCACUAAUUCCCUACUCGAGAAGAAUAAUCAGGAUCUCUACAGGCACAUGGAAACGAAUAAUUUGCUGCAGAAACUCCCCCUUAAUCGAUGGUAUGUGACUUGCUUUGCGGGAGUUCUCAAUGAAUCAGCACUUGCCAGAGUUUGGGAUAAAAUAAUUGGUGGAUCAUACCAGAUCCUUGCAUUUGUCCUCUUUAAGAUGCUCAGUAAAGUCGAUAGGUGCAUCUUCAAGUGCAAGGAUAUUGAUGCUCUGCUGGAAUGUAUCGAUAAACUCAAUGCAAAGAAUGAAAAGGAACUCUCAGAUGUUAUCGUGUCCAAGUCCAUUGAGAUGUGGCAAUCAUCGGAAUUUUUCUAUAAAUCUUCAUAAAAAAAAAUGUUAAAAAUUAAGAAAAAUAAAACUAACGAUUUUCUUUUAAA